AUGUCGCCAGCAACAGACACUAUCCACGACCACCUCAGCGAUUUGUAUCGCGAAUACCGUGAAACAAAAGACAUCCCUUCCAAAGCCGUAUUCUUUUCACCUCAAUGCCGCCAAAUCUGUCGCACAAACUCAAGCUAUGCCGCUAAAGACCGCGAGACUAUUAUCAAGUACUUGCUUGAAGCUGGCCCCGUGAUUGAAGAUAUCUAUCGAAGACAAGGUUGGCUCGACGGCGAGACUCACGGCCCUCCGAGGAGCUUUUACUCCGUCAGGCCUCUCAGCCAGACUGAGAUGACCGAUUUUGCCACGAUUGAGGAGUUGGAACCUGCUGGCUUCAUGUCAGUCGAGGAAGUGAAGAAGAAAGCCGAAGAUCAGAACUGGGAGGGGUUGAGGGUUGAUAUGUGGACGGAUGAUGGAGAUAAGAGGGGAAUUCUUGUCAAAGUUCAGUAUUGGUGGCGCAGGGAGCCUUUGGGAUCAAGAGCUGGGACAUGGAAGCAGAUUCUACACGACAUCUUGUACCUUGGACCGAUAGAUGGCAGUGAGACGGACACGAUGGGUGAGAUAAUCGAGGAGAAGUAA